AAUUGCCUAAUCGGUAUGAAGGAAAGAUUAAAAAAGAAAAUGCUCAUGAACCUGAAUGAACGAACGUAACAAUAAUAAUAAUAAUCUUGAUGAAAGAUAUACAAAAGAUAGAGAUGUUAACUAUCAAUUAUUAUGAUUUAAAGAAAAUAAAUGAUAGAAAAGAUUUUUUUUGAUUUAUAGAUUUCAUCAUCAUCGAGAUCAAAUAAAGUACGUCGGAGUAGUUCAUGGCGUUCAUUAAAAGAUCGGACAAAUAAUUCAAUUAGUUCAAGAACAUAUUCUGUUGAUGAACUUCAUAGAACUAAUAAACAAUCUCAGAAAAUAAAGCAAAACGAUUCUUUUCAUUCUCCAAUUAUUGAUAUUAUGCAAUGUCGUCAAAAAUUAUCAAAUACACGUUUUGAUCGUUUAUCAUCGACACUUGUUAAUUAUGCUGAAACAACUAAUAAAAAAUCUCAUCGUCGAGCUAUUCGAAAACAAAAUGAUCAACAUAAAUUUUCAACAUUAUCACAUUAUAGUGGUGGUGGUGAUUCAGGUUAUUCGGAAGAAAGUUUUGCAACAAGAUCAUUUCAACGUCCAUUACAUACAUCAUGUCCACAUUGUCAUUGUGAACGACGUUCAUCAUUUAAUAAUUAUAAAAAACUACGAAAUAAUUCGUCAACAGAAUCAUCACCGUCAGAUAUAAUUUUUAAUAAUGAUAUGAAAAAAUUAUCUAAUGAUAAUAAGAAUUCUUCUAGUAAAGAUAAUUUAUUAUCUAGUCAAUCAUAUUCACAUAUUAAACCAUUACCAAAAACAAACAUUCAAUCACAACGAACACUUGCAGAAAAACGACGAAGAAAUCUAUCAUGUGAUGGAUUAUUAUGGACGAGAGUACAAACACAAAAACCAAUAACAAAAACAUCAUCACCAGUAUUAUCUGAGCCAAAUCGUCAUCCACUUCAACGUCAUUUUACUACAAUUGGUAUGACACAUACACCAACAGCAACAACUACUCCACAAGCAAAUACAAAUAUAUUUGGUGAACUUAAUUUAGCUGCUAUUGAACUUGAUUCACUUCGAACAUCGUUAUCAUCAUCAUCCUAUUCAUCAUCUUCAUCAUCAUCAAUUAAUAAUGAUAAUAAUAAUACUCCAAAUGAAAAACGUACAUUUCUUGUUUGGCAUGAAUAUACCAAUUCUUCAUUAUUAUCAACAACAAAUGGUACAAAAAUAUUUUCUGUUAAACGGGGUGAUCAAGUACGUUUAUUGAAACAAAUUGGAAAAUCAACAUUAUUAGUACAAAAACAAGAGGAUGGAUUGAUUGGAUUUUUACCUCAAACAUGUUUAGCACAACAUCAAAUAAACUCAUUUUUAUCUCUUAAAGGUUUACGAGAAACUGUUUUGUAA